GAAUUUUGUAGCAUCAGUUUUCAGUAAAACUUAGAAACAGAGAAAAAUAGGCCUCAAGAAACCAUCUAAUGCAUGCUCCUGCCCAACUCAAGGUCAUCCUUGUCUCAACUAUCCCAGACAAAUGUUUGUCUAACGUGCACUUAAAAAGUUCCAGUGAUGGAGUCUCCAUAAUCUCUCUAGAGAUUACUGCAGUUAUAGAAAUGUCACUGAACAGCUGCAUCUAGGUUUCACAUUGGGCUUUUCAUCCUGUGAAGCAUAGUUAUGGAACACAAUGCAGGUCCAAUAGCAUGAAGGACAGUUGGUGUUUGACCUAAAUUCAACUCCAAUCCUGAUGUCACACUGCAAAUCUACAGUUGCUUGAAGAUGAGACUAGAAGGCUUGGCAUGUGGUUAUCUUAAGAAUGGCAGGUCAGCCAUAUGCUAAUACAAAGAUUAUCCAACAAGUACCCUCAGAAACAAGUCCUCCAUCAUUCAUUAACUUGCUGAAAAUACAUCGAGAACAUUUGGUCACCAGUAUCCGAAACACCCAGUGUUUGAUUGACAACUUGAUUAAGAAUGAAUACUUCUCAAAUGAAGACGCUGAGAUUGCUGCACAGUUUCAAACUCAAACAGAUAAGGUUCGUAAAAUUCUGGAUCUGGUUCAAAGCAAGGGAGAAGAAGUUUCAGAAUACUUUGUCUAUACCCUGCAGAAAGUCACUGAUGCUUAUCAUGAGCUUCAGCCCUGGUUGGAUGAAAUAAGAUUUCAGCCUUCUGAGCAUAUUCAGAGUAAAUUGGUUGUAAAUACAGAUCCAGUUAGCAGGUACCGUCAGAAACUCAAGUAUGAAUUGGGAAGAGACACAAAGUUUGUCAUGUCAUAUGCUCAGAAGGAGGAGAUGCUGCUUGAGGAAAUCUACUCUGAUAAUAUCAUGGAGCUGGUCAGUUAUGCCAAUGAGAGUCUUGGCAAUGUGAACUGCUUAGAAGCCCUGCUUGAUGAUAGAACUGGGCUGAUUAAUGAAGAUGGAGAGACCAUCUGUGUCUUUGGUGAUGCAGGAAUCGGAAAAUCCAUUUUGCUGCAAAAAAUGCAAAAUCUUUGGGCCCGAGGAGAGUUGGACGUAGGUGCCAAAUAUUUUUUCCGGUUCCGGUGCAGGAUGUUUAGCUGCUUUAAGGAGAAUGAAACCAUCAGUCUGAAAGAUCUUCUGUUCAAAUACAACUGUUACCCAGACCAGGACCAAGAGGAGGUAUUCAACCACAUCCUUCAGUUCCCUCACACAGUCCUCUUCACAUUUGAUGGGUUUGAUGAGAUCUAUUCUGACUUUGACGUAAACAGUGUUCCUGAGAUCUGCUCACCCAGCGAACCUAUCCACCCACUCGCCCUGUUAGUGAGUCUUCUUAGAGGAAAGCUUUUGAAAGGAUCAAGGAAAGUUCUCACAGCAAGGACUGGGACUGAGGUCCAUCAAAACAUUAUUAGGAAGAAAGUAUUGCUCCGAGGCUUCUCCAGCAACAACCUGAAGGCAUACACUAAGAUGUUUUUCAAAGAUGAGGGGCGCCAAACAUUGGUACUGAAUCAUCUAGAAGCUAACCCCAGUCUCUGUAGUUUGUGUUCAGUACCUUUGUUUUGUUGGAUUAUCUUUAAAUGCUAUGAACAUUUGCAUUCCAUGUUUGACAUCCAUGAGCUUCCAGAUUACUCUGUUACAUUGACGGAUGUGUUUUUGCUCAUGACUGAAGUCCACUUGAACCGAACUCUGAAAACAGAUUUGCUGAAGAAGAACACCAGGAGCCAAGUGGAGACAUUCAAGUCAAAAAAAGAAACCCUGCUGUCUUUGGGUAGAAUAGCCCAUCGGGGAAUGGAGAAAUCUCUCUUUGUUUUUGAGCAUGAGGAGGUCAUGGCUGUGAAUGUAUUGGAAGAGGAUUUGCAGUUGGGAUUCCUCAGGACAGUUCACAACUAUGGAGGCUGUGGAGACCAGUCCUCUUAUGAGUUCCUGCACUUGACCCUCCAGUCUUUUUUCACAGCUUUUUUCCUAAUCACUGAAGAGAAAGUGGGUACAAAAGAGUUACUGAAGUUUUUUAAUGAGUGCUCCACCCUCGAGACUACCCAAUUUACCUGCCUCCCUAUUCCAUGGUUCAAUAAUCAGCCAAUAGGAGAAGAUCCUUUCCGAAACAAUGAACACUUUCACUUCACCAACCUUUUCCUCUGUGGUCUGCUUUCCAAAACUAGACAGAAGCUCUUGAGACAUUUAGUCUCACCUAUGGCCAUUAAGAGGAAAAGAAAUGCUCUUUUAACAUAUCUCUCAGGAAGCAUGAAAUCUCAUAUGAAGGGCCUGACGCGAUCAAGGCUUGCAAACUAUAAGCAAGUUCAGGUUACACCCAAUUUUGUUUGGAUGCUGCGGUGCAUUUAUGAGACUCAAAGUGAAAAAGUGGGGAAGCUGGCUGCUAAAGACAUGCGGGCCAAUUACAUCAAACUCACUUACUGCAAUGCCUAUUCAGCUGACUGCAGUGCCAUUUCCUUCAUUGUGCAUCAUUUCCACAAGCAUCUAGCUCUCGAUCUAGACAACAACAACAUCAAUGACUAUGGAGUUAGACAACUGCUCCCUUGCUUUAGCAAGCUUGGGGUGAUCAGGCUGAGUGUUAAUCAGAUCACAGAUCGUGGAGUAAGAGUGCUGUAUGAAGAACUCUCCAAGUACAAAAUUGUGUCUUUCUUGGGCCUGUACAACAACCAAAUUACAGAUGUUGGAGCCAAAUAUGUUGCAAAACUCAUUGAAGAAUGCCCAAGCCUCACAUAUGUUAAAAUAGGAGCAAACAAAAUAACCACCGAAGGAGGGAAAAGUCUUGCCCUUGCUAUCCAGAAGAGCAAAACGAUGUUUGAAAUCGGAAUGUGGGGCAAUCAAAUUGGAGAUGAAGGAGCUAAAGCUUUUGCUGAUGCGCUGAGGAAUCAUCCUACCUUAACAAACGUGAGUCUUGCAUUCAAUGGCAUUACAACCAAGGGAGGCAAAAGCAUUGCUGAAGCUAUGCAGCACAACAACACUGUGAGGAUAUUUUGGUUGACUAAAAAUGAGUUGGAUGACGAGGCUGCAGAGAGCUUUGCAGAGAUGCUGAAAGUGAACAAGAAGCUAGUGCAUUUAUGUGCACAAGACACUGCCUAGAUGAGCUGUCUGGCUUAUUAUCUGCACUCUGCUGCACAGGGAUUAAGUUUGCAAGAAGCCACUUACCUGCACAAAUUGCUCUGUCCUCAAUAGAAAGAACAUUUGUACGCUGUUUUGCCACCAUCUGCUUCUUCCACAGCACUGCACAAUGAUUAGCUCCAUUAGCAGCCAACGUGCAUCUGAGGAAGCAUGCUGGCCAGAGACAGACGUGGCAACACCAGUGACCAUUUGGCAAGACAAGGAAAUCCACUGACAGCUGAGCUGAGUACAUAUUAAUGAAGCAUUAAAAAUCAAAAGAAAGUUACAAAGAAUGUUAGUAAAUGAGCUUGGAUUAAAUGGUAUUUAAUACAUGAACCAGAAGGAAGUGACCGGACACAUCACGCUUGAUCCUCUAGUUUAGUUGAACUCUGCUCAAAACAAGACCAAAAAGGGAACAUAAGGAAAGUCGCUUGCCACUUUUGCCACCCCCACACAUCUAGGACAGGCCAGUGGUCUAUGGAUGCUCAAACUUGAUGAAGGCCAGUUAAUGCCAGGCAGGUAUCACCACAGUACACAACACACUCACUGCCCUCCUCCCCCAGCCACACACUCUAGCUCAUGGAUGACUGGUGCCUCCUGAGACUGUGGGGGCAGUUUGUGGGCGGCAGCAUUGGCAGGUGACUGCCUACAGAAGCCAAUGGCAGCUGCAGGGGGGCAGCGAGCGGCAACUGUCCACAGAAGCUGGCAGCAGAGGUGGCCAAUCUCAGGGUGGCACAUGCCCCCCACAAUGGCCCCCAGUUGCCUAUGGUCUAGCCUGAUGUGGCAGAAGAUCAACUAAAAUAACUCCAUGCUACCAAGGAAACUUCUAGCUGAUUGCUCAAAGGCCUGCUUCACAUCUGCUUUACAGUGCAGAGGCAGAAUUGGGGGUUACAGCAGGGGCCAGACAGUGGUACUGUACUUUGAGUUUCUAGCUACAGGCCUCCAGCCAGCCUGCAGGAGAAGUUUUUUUUCAUUCCUGUAUCUCCACACUGUUUCAACUGCCCAAGGAUGCUUUCAACAUACUACUUAAGGCAUCAAGAAAACCACUCUACCAAAUCCACAGCAUUAUCUGUUUUAUCAAUACUAAAGUCACCUGGAAUCAUGAUGGAAAGUGUGCUUCAAAAGAUUUAUUACAUAUAUUUGUACAUAUUUUACAUAAAUGGAAUGUUAAACAUAGAACCCAAAAUCAAUAAAAAAAUAUUUCAUUCACGAUUAUGUACUGGCAGACCAUCAAAAAAUGUACCUUAACAACGUAAGUCAUCUUCCAAUCAUACUGCUCAAUUACAAAAAUUUACAAACAUGUUUUACAUUAGACAUUGCAAAUUACAUUCUUAUUUAUGCCUAGGGUAAUGAAGGAAGACUUCUUGCUCAUUACCACUAAAUUAGAGCAUUUUGUAAGCUACGACAGAGUUCCAUCUAACAGUUUGGAGAGACAGUAGAUUUUGUGGAAAGAGGUAUGUAAAAACGUGGAUACUCUUCAUCUUUUACCAUCAUAUAACAUCUUCCUAAUGGUAAGGAGAGUUAGCACAAGAUUCUCCUCAGUCAUGUGGAAACAUGAAUGUUACAUCAUCACUUGUUGAAUGUAAUGGUGCAGGUUUUCAGUUAAGUUUAAAAUAGUCCUCUCUACAGCUGAGCUGCCUCCCUGUUCUCCUAAAAUUUUGCAGUACUUUGGGAAAAGUCAGCUAGAAGAGUGAUAUUUGCUAUUCAAAGAUCAAUACUUCAACUUCAGUUCAUUAUGUAUGGGAAAACCUACACAAUCAUAAUGUGAUGUCCUCAUUAAAUUCUAAACCUGUUGAGAGCUUGUGCCAUUUAUGAUUUUAACAGUGAAUACUUUUCAAUAAGAUAAAUUAGGGGCGGGGGGGAAGAGAAUGUUUGAAGAAACCAAGGGUAAUAGGAUUUAUCAACAGAGGCUAUUUACUUACAAUGUGGGGGGUUUACUUGCAUUUGAAAUUCUGCCAGAAUCAACUGGAUCCUAUUUAUCAUCAUAAUACCUUUGCCAAAGCAAACCUGAUGGAGUAAGGAUGUCAAACGUUUGUGGACUGAAAGCUGCCACAAGCACAGCAACAAGCAAAGAAGCUUCUUUCAAACAGUUAGGCAGCAGGCCCACUAAGUAUUGUUUACUGGCAACUCAUUAGGGGAGAAGAUUGUAGCUAACAGAGAGAAAAGGCAUACAUUAGAUCAUUAAGUCCAACCUCCUGCAUAUGCAACAGUUUUGCUAAGCAAGUCUUCAGUAUCUAGCAAUACCUCACAUUAAAUUGUUACAAUUCAUCCAAUCAGUGGUUCUGACAUGGAUAUUAAGGUGAGAUAGUCUACAGUCUCCAUAACACUGUGCAGUGGCUAGACAAAUUUCUGCAAUAGGAAUUUUAAAUACUUGAUUUCAAUUUUGGUGCUGCAACUCCACAACCACCAAAUGCACAGCUCAGGUGUAAUGAGUCCUCCUUCCAACACGGGGGAAAUAUGGGGGGAAUGGGACACACAUUAAGGUCCAAUCACUGAGCUGAUUUUAGAAGUAAACAUGAAAUUGUGUGGAAUUUAUUUAGUGAAACAUAGUUUAAGUUCUACAUUUUACAAAGAAAACUUGGCCACUCAUGACAGGGCCAUCUGGGAUGGCAAAAAUUUAAUUUGUGCAACCUGUUGUACCUGCUGGUCAAAUGCAGUUAGAUUAGCGGUUGCAGCAAAGGUUACACUAAGUGCUUUUCUUGCAAGCUGAUGGGGUAACGUAUCAUUGACAUAAUGCCAAGAACAGUCCUUCUUUCCCAAAGAAAAAGGGCAGUGUAAGCUCCUAAAACUGUACAGUGUUUGGGGGUCGGCAGAAGAGACUGACAUAAAAAGUUUGAGGCAUGAAACCAUGACUAGCAAAAUCUUGCACUGGUCAAGUUAAGAGCCACAAUAACCCACUAGGAAACUUCCCACUUGCCCUGGCCAUGUUAGAACUUCUGUAUUCUGAAACCAAGUAUAAUUUGUGGCCAGAUAACUCGCACUCUGCCAUAGAUCUGAUGAAUGUAAACAGCUAUAAUCAAUCUAAAUAGAAUCACUCUGUUGACUAUGAUAAAGCAGCUGAAACUCAUGGAAACAUGGGGAGGUACUAAAGGUGACUUGAGGCAGGGGUGUAACUGGAGACGUGAGCACCAUGGGUAGCAGUGUUGCACAGGGCUACGUCACUGGCUGUGCUACAAGUGGCAGCAGGUAGGUUGGUAGCAGAGCUGCUGCAAUUUUUGCUCCCCAACCCCCAAGAACCAGCGCCAAGAUCUGGUGCCCUAAUUGGCCUCUCUUCAUUAUGCCACUAGACCCAGGUUUACCUGCCCCCGCAACAGUGUGUGGCAGUUCUCUUGGAGAUCAAGAACAUUAAGUCUUGAAACUCUUGUUUUUGGUGAAAGAUUGGAGAACUGGAAGGAGAGUAUUUCUAAAGCCCUCCAAUAAUAAGGUUGGGGUACUGAAAUUUCCAUCAAGAAAGAGUCUCUUUCAAAUCUAUUUCAGGAGUUAGAUACAAAUUAGAAAGAAAUGUAAGUUUCAAAGCAUCUGACUAAAAGUCUCCCUCCGCACAAUUGCUUAGGUUCCAGUUUCUGGUGAACUCAAUCUUACUGGAUUGCUCAUCUUCCACAAAAACAAAACAACACUGACAUUUGUCAUUUAAAACAUUAGCAGAACUUUUUUAAAAUAACCUUCAAGAGCUUUUCUUUGAAACCAUGGAACUUUUUACAACAUAAAAAGCAUAAGAAGUCAAAGAAAUCCCCCCACAAGUUCGUGAGUUCCUUUCCAAAUUCUUCAUAUACAAAUAUGGCAGUAUACUCACCCUGAAACACAAGAAUUAAGACAGAUGCUCCUGCUUGUAAUUCAUUUAUGCUUCUGUCUUCCCAAAAUUAAAUACUGCAAGUUUGCAGUGUGCUUCCUCUCUUUCCUUUCAUUUCCCACUCAAAUCAAUGUCUAACACAUACACACAAGGAAAACUAGUUUACUAUUUUAAAAAAUGUGAAAACAGAUGCACUAAAUAUACAUACAGCUUCCUGUAACUGUUAGCAGCAUGCUUCUCUUGGAAUAGGGUCAUAAAAUCCAAAUCAUAGCAAUUACGCCCCAUCACCUUUAUGCAAGCUGCUACUCAAGAUAUAUGGUGACAAGCUUCACCUUUUAGGAUGUUAUAUUUACUCUUCCUCUUCUGGGAAGUAGCAUGUUUAUGGCAAACCUGAGUAUGAAGAUAAGCUCACUCUCUUACACACUUGGGCAAGAUAUAGGCCAAAUGAAAUUAAAUCACCUGAAAGAAUUGAAAUUGGCAAUUCCUAUAUUUGUAGACAAAGAGCGUGGCACACCCUAAUUUAACUUAUUGCUUCUGAGUACACAAAGGUGACCUUCUCCUAGACACAGCACUUUUUUCUUUUUUGAAGCACUGUGAUCUAGGACCUUGAAAAAGGAAUAUUAAAAAAAAGAAAUUAGAAUAUUUGAAAAUGGCAUCGUUUAAAACUAACAAGGGAGCUGUAUGUUUUUGUUUCAUAAGCAGUGGCAGACAGUAUUUUGGGAUGAAAGUUUACAUACAUGAACUUCCACAUUAAGUUUCAAAUCCAAACUCCAGUCUAAUCUUUCCUGUUCAUCCUAAGUAUGGUCCACAUUAAGGGUCUAAUCCUGUAUUCCAUUGCAUAGCCAAAACUUUACCAGCUUCAGGAGAAGUUUUGCAUGUAUCCAGAAUUUAGGACUGAAACCACCACAACCAUCCAAGGAAUCAAAAACAAAAUGAAAAAGGGGUUGCUAGGCUGGCCAAGUGACAGAACCCUGACUGCAAAACCAUAGGUAAGCGUCUGCUAUUAGAAUGGCUCUCAACCAUUGCAUUGACACUGGCCUUAAGUUUAAGUGAUGAAAAACACUGGAAUGUUUGUUCUUUCAAUCAUUUACUUGCACAUCUAAAUGUAGAAGAUCAAGGUUUAGAGAAAGCAACAUACUGUGAACAGAAAUUGGGCUUAAGUUGUAAACAGAUUUAUGUUUAAAAACCGAUCUAACUUAAUCCCCAGCGAAAGGACAUAAGCUACUACCUUGGAGCACAGGACACCAAAAUACCGCUAACCUCCUUUGUGUAUUACAGUAGUUUCUGCCAGCAUUAAGUCAACCAAGAACAUUAAGUCAACGUAAAUACCAAAACUGCCUCUCUCUCAAAAGAUGCAGGUCAUUCAAAACAGAAGAAAAUGUGACCCUGUGGGAGACGAUGUCACUAGUAAAAUGCUACAGCUGCUGUAAUGUUUUUCCUUAAUAUUAGAAGGCAACUAAACAAUUCUGUUACAAAAGAAAUUGUGCAGGAAACUGCUGUAUGGUAGAUGAGAUUACACAAUUUAAAAACGUGACAGUGGUUCUACUUGCACUGCUAUCAAAGGGAGUACCACUGGGUGCCACAAUUAGCGAUUCAUUUAAAAUGGACGAUGCAAGAAAAACUUAAAAAGCACCUGGGAAGCUGUACCGCUGGUUGUUACAAUUAACUGGUUUUGAUUUCUUUAAUUUGCAGCAUAACAAAAGGCAUUUUCACAGCAUAAAGUUUAUGGGAAGAUGUUAUCUAAUCUAAAAUCCCUCUGCAAGCAGAAGAGACUUAGAAUGUGCAACACAACAGUAUUUCUGGGUAGCAGCAGAUGCUCCAGACUUGCCCAAUAUGAAACAGAGUAGCAAACAGAGGGGGAAGAAAAAAAAAAAAGACACAGACAAAAGAAAAGCUGAAUUAAGCAGACAUAAGAAAUGCUUAACACUUGAAGUGUUUGUGCAACUUAAUUUUGCUACUGAAACUUACUAAAAACUGCAGUCAUUAAUAAAUAUUCAUAAUUUUUCCCUGUAUUAUGAAAUGCUACUAUGGAUCAGUUCAUAAUAUAAAAAAAAUAUAUGCUUUUAAGCCCUGAUACCUUGUCCAGGUUUUCUUUUGUUUUCUAAAUUGUGGUAUUUUGUAGGUAUUCAUAUUUAUCCACAGCUCUGCCUGGUGUAUUUCCCUAUAGGUAUCUCCCAUUUUUUUUAAGUCCUGGUAAAGCCAGUAUAACACGGUAGAACAAUAAAUUAAACAAAUAUAGGUGCUUGUUAAAAAACACUGUCAAAUGCUAAUCUGUACAUAAAAAGACCAUUGAUGUUAGAUGCAAAGACUACAGAUCUGCCAUCAAGUAAAUUUCAAUUAAAAAAAACUUGUGUAUAAAGUGUUUCAAAAAUGAAACGCAAAUCUCACCCCUAUGUAAUCUCAAUGCUUAGAAAAUUCUUUACUGUGCCCAUUUUUACAAUUUUCUACCUAAACCUAGGGAGGCAGUCUGGAGAUGAAAGUAGUACAAUAAAAUAAUUACCUAAAACAUUUUUAAAAAAUACCCGUUAAACAAAUUACCUCAACUGGCAGCACUUAAAACGGGAUAAUUCUUAUUCUAUUAAAAAAAUGUUGCAUAGCUGCAAGAUUAUACUCUGCUGCAUUUUUUUUUUUUAACCCAUAAGCAGUAAAAGAGAAAUUUUAGUUUAAAUUGCAGUGCAAUGUGCAGAUUUCAACAAUCCUAUAGCUGGAUCAAUAUUAAUUAGUUACCUGCCUUGGCUUUAUUCUUUGGACUGCAUUCUGACAGACAAAGGAUUAGUUAUGAAACUCUGAAAUACGGUUUUUCCUAUGCAGAGGAAGAUUACAAUUUCCAUUCUUGAAAUACAUGAAGACCAUACACCCAGGUGCAACUUCAGUGAAUUAAUUCGCAUAGCUAAAUUAUUCUUCAGUUGCCAUUUAGUCUUCUUUAGCCUAUGGAAAGAUGAAAAGCUUCCACUCAAAAAUCUGGUCAUCCUCGCAUAAAUGUUUCAGACAGUACUGAUUCAGAAUGCGAAUUCCAUGUGUGGGAGGAAAAGAGACAUCCACAACCUGCUUCUGCACAGAACUUAAUAAAAGUUAGACUGAAAUUAGUAACUUUGGCCUUUAAAUACAAAACGUUGUCAUUAAUGUCCAUAGGGAGAAGACUGUUACAGAAUGUGCAGCAUUUUCAAAAUCCCUGUGUGUCCUCUGUAUAAAUGUUUGGUACACUGAGCUCUAUUGGAAAGCAACUGGUCUUCCUGCAGCCAUUAUUCCAUGUGAUUAUCCAUCUUUGCCAGGCUCACAGCAGCACAAGUCUGAAGCCAGGUAUGUUCCCAAAUUUGUGUUCAGAAAUGGAAUCUCAAGUCUCCUACAUCUUCUGAUCAGUGGAA